GUGCAUACAUACAUUAAUUAUAAAUACCAGGAUCUCUGCUGUCCAAGCAUUUUCUUUCAUCCUUCGCAACUCCACUAUUACUUCUAUCACCAUGAUUACCCAGACUCAAGAAGAGAAGCUCGCUUUUCUAGUUGGACUGCAAAUGACCGAUGAUAAUGAUGAGGUGAUUAUGAUUGAGGAUAUCGACAAAGAGGAUGACAACAUUGUUGAUGAGAAUGAAGACGAUGUAGAAGGGGCAUCACGUGAUGGAGAUGUCAGUGGUAAAUCUGAUAAGCUAAUAAGCAAAAGUGAAAUGAAGACUCGAAAAGCCAUGUUGAAGCUUGGUAUGGAUCCCAUUACUGGUGUCAGCAGAGUCACUCUCAGGAAUAAAAAAAAUGAUUUAAUCGUCGUCUCAAAGCCCGAUGUGUUCAAGUGUCCAACAACAGAAACAUAUAUCUUCUUUGGUCAGGCAACGAUUGAAGACAUAACUUCACAACUUGAAAUUCAGCCAGCGCAGCAGUUCAAGGUUCCUGACUUGACCAAUGUCAUUUUUAAGCCUGUUUUGUCUGCAAUGGUCCAGGACGAUGCGCAGGUUUAUGAGGCAGGAAUCGUACCCCAGGACGUUGAGUUAAUCAUGACACAGACUGGAGUUACUUGGGGUGAGGCGCUCACCGCUCUCAAGGCUAGCAAUGGGGAUGUCGUUGCUACUAUUUUGAACAUGAAACGUUGAUUACUUGAUGAGAAGUCUUAGGCUGAUGUUUUAGCUAGUCAUUUAGUGCUUACUAAAGCAUGCAUAGUGUUAACAACCAAGUACAUACUCAUACCUCUUACGUUUACUGUAAAGUGUUUGUUUUAGAGGAAUUUUCGCUCAACUCAUCCCCAUAUAUGUUAUUUGUUAAUUCCUUUUUUUGAUAUGUUUUGGCCGUUGAAUUUAUCUUUGAUGUCGUGAUCAAAUACGCUUAGAAUGUUUUAACCUAAUUUAAACAAUGAUCUGCAUCACUAAACACUACAUAAUUGUAGUUUUACUAAUAAUUUGUUCUCUAGUAUUGUUUUAACCUUAUUAAACCGUUAACAACUAUUUCAAUUGCUACAUCAUCGAACACGUCCGAAGACAUAAAACUUAACACUCGUCUUUUUCUUUAU